UCAUUUCAUAUUUACUUCUCUCAUUCUCUGUCUCAUUUCAUCUUCUUCUCUGUUAAAAAAACCAAACAAACCCUACUUCUCUACUAGCAUGCUGCUGCUGCCGCCAUUCAUCUUCCUCAAGUUCUCACGCUCGAUUUUGCUGCCGCCAUUGUCGAAUCAUGUCAAAACAAAAACGAAGACCUCCGAAAUCUCCAUUUUCAAUGCCAAAUCUAACAAAGAUUUAGAAGAUGAAGAUGAAGAUGAAGAAGAUGAAGAUGAAAAAGAAGAUGAAGGCGAAGAAGAAAAUCUAAAUGAAGAUGAAGUGUUUGAACAAUUUGCUAUUUAACAUGUUCUUAUUUAUACUUUUAAAUUGAUUCAUUUGGAUAUUUUUUUUUGUAGUACGAUGCAUUUUAGACAUUUUAAUGAUUUUUUUUUUAUGUUGAA